AUGUGGUCAACAAUUUUAUUUACACUUAUAUUGUGCUUAUCGUUCUGCGAGCUUGGCUUCACUGCGAAACGAGCAGAUAGAGCAAAGAGUAUCGAUUUAAAUCGAUCACCAUCGCCGGAGAACAGUCCGGAUAAUCGCAGUGCUCUAUCUCAACGGCCAAAUACACAGAGGACAGUGUUUAAGAGAAAAAGUAAAUUUGAUAAAACUUCUCCUGCUUAUCAAGCAAGACAGAUCUUAGACGGACUUGGCCAUCAAAAGGGUUCGAAAGAGUAUAAUUCAAUUUAUCGCUGUACCGUGCGUAGAAUACGUGAUGCACAAAAGAAGGAAUUGGCAAAAGUGUCAGAAAUUGAUAAAGCAGAUUGGGAGGCGAGGAAGGAGAAAAGACGGCAAUAUUCAAGAGAACAUAGAGCCAGAAUUCAACAGAGAAAAGAACUUAAUAUAUCCACUCCGGAAGAUCUCAAGUUCUUCCAAAAAAAUGAAAUCCGACAAAAGAAAAGAUAUCUAAGCAACCCGCAAAAGUACAGGGAUCGUGCUUUACAACAAUAUUAUAAGAGGAAGGCCGCCAAAAAGGAAGCAGAAAAAAAUGGUAAAGAUCAAGAACCCGAUCAAAAUAUACAAAGCUGA